AUGGUGGAAGGAGGAAGAAGGUACCUUAUUGUGAUCGAUGAUGUAUGGACCGUAGGUGCAUGGGAAUUAAUUCAAUCCCGAUUGCCAAAAAACAAGUGUGGCAGAAGAAUAAUUGUGACCACUCGGAUAGAAACUGUGGCCAGAGCAUGCAGUCGUGCCAGUGUUUAUCGUAAUUACAUUUAUCACAUCAAGCCCCUCAAAUCAUCAGAUGCAAAGAUGCUGUUUCUUAGUAGAGCAUUUGGAUUCAUGACUGACUCUUGCCCAAAGAAUCUUGAGGAGGCAAUGGAGAAAAUCUUGAAGAAAUGUGGUGGGCUUCCAUUGGCGAUUGUUAGCAUUGCGAGCCUCCUCGCCAACUAUAAUGCAGCUGACGUUUGGUGGACAGUUUGCAACUCAAUUGGUGCUGCAAUGGAGAACAACCCUACACUCGAAGGGAUGAGACAGAUACUCACACUCAGCUACAACCAUCUACCACAUUACCUCAAAGAUUGCAUGAUGUAUGUUGCCAUUUUUCCAGAGGACUAUGUUUUCUUGAAGACUCGGCUCUUGCAGAGAUGGAUCGCUGAAGGACUGAUUAUCGCGAGGCGGGGGCAAACCACAAUGGAGGUUGCAGAAGACUACUUCAACGAGUUGGUGAGUAGAAACAUGAUUGAUCUAGCUGCUUCUAUAAUCGACGUCCACGGCGAGAUGAAGACAUGUCGGGUGCACGACAUGAUGCUUGAGGUUGCUGUGUCCAAAUGCUUGGAGGCAAACUUUGUUAGCCUGGUAGGGGGACAGAAUGAAGGGAUGUCGUAUGAUAAAAUUCGUCGUCUCUCUGUUCAUGGCGGAGUACGUGGGACCACUAAGGUCCGUGACUCUACGUCCAAGGGAAGAGUACUGGGGCGUGAUAGGAGGAAUGUUAUCGAUGAAAUGAAGCUGCAGCAUGUCCGUUCACUGAGUAUGUUUGAGAUCCAAGGGCACAAGUUGCUUGAUCGGUUGGGCGAGUUCACUCUGCUGAGGGUACUUGACAUGGAAGAUUGCAAGGGCCUAGCCAACGAGCAUGUGAAGUAUAUUUGCCAGAUGUACCUUCUCAAGUUCUUGAGCUUGAGGGGUACGUAUAUCAGCUUGAUGCCUGACGAAGUCGGCAAUCUAGAACAUUUGCUGACACUUGAUUUAGAGGAGACGUGCCUUGAUGGUCUACCUGAAACUGUCAGAAAGCUAGAUAAACUUGAGUGCCUCAAGUUCGGGAAAAAGGGCGAGUGGUCCGUCAUGUGGAAAGCACCAAGAGGAGUCUCCAACAUGAAGGCACUGCGUGAGGUGACUAGAAUACUACUCGGUGAUGUUAAGAUUGCUGAAGAGCUUGGUGAACUAGAACAGCUUGAAGCUAUCAUUGUAUAUGUUGACAACAAUGCUCAGCGAGAGGACGUUCGUCAACAGCUUGCCCUCUCCCUGUCCAGGAUGUACUCUCUGCGGUCGCUCAACCUGGGAGAAAUGGAGAGCGACGGUAUGACAAUGGAUUAUCUUAUUGGUCUUCCGCCUCCACACCUCCUUCGAUUCCUUAGGUUCGCUGGGGGAUUGAGUAAAUUACCAGAAUGGGUCGGGUCACUGACAUAUCUUGUUCAGUUUACUCUUUCGUGGGCGCGGUUUAAGGAUAGCCAACUAUGGGAUGUCUUGUGUGAGCUGCCUAGCCUCGAGCUCAUCAUAUUCCAACAUGAAUUCUAUGUUGGCACUGAACUGGUGGUGUCCACGAAGCACAAAUUUCCUGCACUGAAGAACAUGAUGGUGCAGUCCAAUAGACAGUAUCCCGAAGUAUUUGAGUUCGAGGAACGAUCCAUGACACAGCUAGAGAACCUUACAAUGAAUUUCGAUAAAUGGGAAUCCAAAAGGAUAGUCGGCGUCAAGCACCUGAAGAACCUUAAAGAGGUGAAUCUCACUGGUAACAGAUACAACCCUGCACUGGGCCGUGCUCUCAAGGAGUUAGAGAAAGAGAGUAAUAGUCGCUCCAAGCCUACCCGGUUCACAGUUACAGUAACAUACGAUUGA